UCAACCAUCAACAUCUUAGGGUCUGAUAUAUCAUUUCAUGUAAUCCAAUUACACAGCUUGGGGUUUCCUGAGCAAUAUUUCUACCCAAGAAAGGAUCUUGACUUGGGGCUACAAAGCUUCUCGUGUAAGAGAGGACAGGAUGUGAGAGGGACUGGAGCUGCAGGGCUGUGGAACUUGUGGCUCAGAUGGCUUCUCACACAGCCACUUGCUAUUUUGAGUGCCCGUGCUGUGUGUGGCGUUGAAAAUCCCUGAUACGGCUUUCUUCAUACAGAUCCUGGGUGUUGCUACGUUAAGGUGAGCGCUGCAAGAUUUUGCAUGGCAACUAUUACAGUAUUUGGCCAUUUCCUCUGCUAAUAGGAAGAUUCUCUGCAAAUGACAGGAACAGGGUGAAUAGCGAAAGUGAAAAUCGCUUUAUCCCAGCACGGAUGCCGUGUCCUCACACCCACGAUCCCGGGCUGAGCUGGCUGUCCCGCGUGUGGAGCUGCCGCCGCUUCAGAGAGCCGAUGUCAGAGGAGCGCGGCGGGCAGGAGCGGCCGGAGAGUCGUGAAGAAGAUGACAGAAAAGUAAGGAGGAGAGAAAAAAAUCGAGUUGCUGCACAGAGGAGCCGGAAGAAGCAAACUCAGAAAGCAGAUAAACUUCACGAGGAAUAUGAGUCUCUUGAGCAAGAAAAUACCUCCCUGAAAAGAGAAAUCGGAAAGCUAACAGAUGAAAUGAAACACUUGAGUGAAGUGUUGAAGGAUCAUGAAAAGAUCUGUCCACUAUUGCACUGCACCAUGAACUUUGUAACCAUACCAAGGCCUGAUGCACUUGCCAGCUGCCUACCAAGAUGAGUGCUCUCCUUAAUCACCUCUCAAUGUGAUGUGUGAAAAUGCCAUUAACAGGUAUGAAGAACUGCCUAGUGUGUAGUUCUUCCAACAAAGAGGGCUGGACUCGACCACAGCUCUACUCCACAUUGAAAUGUUACAGUCUUCUGAAUCUCAGGAAAACACCAGUAUGGAAAAAAAGACAAUUUGAACAGCAGCUUCUAACUUGGUAGACUCUUCAAGCCAUGUUUUUGCCUUUGAAAAUGUCAAAGUGCCGUGCAGCCCACUAUGGAGUGAUGGAGGGGAAAAGUAUGGACAGGGACGGGGAAAAGUACCAACCUCAGACUGGGAUGCCUUUCUCCCACACAUCCACUGCCAGUAACCCUUUGUCACUUGUCACCUAUGCAUGUCAUGAUCUGGCUGCUGGGUUUUAUCUCUCUAAACAGGUUUGGUUAAUAAAAGCAAUGUCUCAUCUCUAUAAUGUUCUCCACCUUCUUUAAUAAUCCAUGUCUUUAUAGCAUCUCUGCUUUCCAUUUGCUGGUCAAUCCCAAAGUCUAGUGUUAAUCUUCAUGUUAGUUGUUCUAUUAUUUACUUAUCACCUCUUCAUUGGUUCCUCUUUUGAAGUGUGUGUAGCAAAAGAAUUUUCUUAGUCUUUAAUAUUCCAAAUCAUCAGCCCUGCUGGCAUUAGUCCUUGGAGUGUUUUAUAUCCUAAAAUAUGGCUUGCUCAGUUUCUGAUAAUGAUUGUCUGUUCUGUGUGGAAGAAAAGCAAACAAAGUUUGAUGGCUUUAAACACUGUUUUAAAAAGCAGAUUUUAAAAUUUACUCUUUUAAUGCACCUACUGGAAAUGAACAAGUAUCUUCAUCCUUUCUUCAUCUUGCGUAUUGCCUCUGGAAGAUUAUGGCUGUGGAUUGAGUUUUGCUAAGCAUUUUGUUCUAUGUCCACACUGAAGGUGUUUGAUAAUUGCUUGAAAGAAAAACACUCAGUUUUCUUUUUCUUUUUAGUUACAAAAAGGAACUAUGAUUGCAAUGUUAUUGAGAAAUACACAGAAAAAUGUGUUUACUUUCCCUGAAGAUUCCUAAUAGUGUCAACCUCUUGAAAUGUGGAUGCUGUAGCUUGGGAUCCAGCAAAGAGUCUUUUUCUCACAGUAUUUCACAGUCAAAGAGCACCUUUGGAUAAUAAAAAUCUCCUCCUCAUUGCCAACUCUCUCA